AACCGAAAGUGGCAACACGUGUACUCAAAUGGUAGGUUUAGACUACGAGAAAUUAAUUUUGACCAAGUAUAUAGGGAAUAUAUAGGGAGCUGCUGUCAAAUCUUCGACAAGCAGGUUUUUAUUUUGAAAAGUUCUACCACGGUCCAUAUCGAUUGUCUUACGCCUGACGCAGUUGCCCAGUGGGGUUACGGCAUUGCGUCACUACAAUGUCUUCGGGGCUCCUCAAAUAUGAUAUCAGGGACUUUUUACGCGUUGUUAGCGGGCUUUCUGGGUGCCGCUGCAUCUCUGUCUGCCAAGCUGUCGCUCGGUGCAGACUACCUGAGAGACAUGUGUGAGUCCGGGUUCAGCGGCUGGACUCCAACACACAGUCCGAGUGCAACCUGUGACUGGCUCCACCUCCCCCUGCGGCUGCUCUGUGGAGGCCUGCUGUUCACAUGUAAUGCUGUCAUGUGGACCUUCUUCUCCAAGGCUCUCCGACACUGCUCUUCUUCAGCCAGGGCCACUGUCACUACCACUGCAUCCAACUUCAUCUCCUCAGCCAUCCUGGGGAGAGUGAUUUUCGGCGAGGCCCACGCAGCUCUGUGGUGGAUGGGCAUCUCUCUCACUCUGUGUGGACUGCUCGUACUUCACGGAUCCUUACCUCAGACGUUUCCACAGGAGGACGGCACAAAGGACAAGUGAUGCAGGCUCAUCACGAGAGGGCAGCGGCUGUUCUUAAGUCACAGUCAUGACAACCUGUGGCAACACUCCUGUGGAGCAACAUGUCUUAUGUGAAGUGCAGUUAAAACUGCAGACUGCUUUGCACAGUGCUCAUGGUGGAUUCAGCACCAUCAGUCCCAGGGACCAAUCCAGGCUUCUCUAUGAACGUGCACUGAUUUAUCUUUAUUUUGUCCUCACUGAGAGAGUGUUGGUAGCAUCGAAAUCCCACUUGGUCGUUCUCAAUAACAGCAAAAUCUUGCCCUGACUCAACCCAAGCAUGUAGAAGAACUCAAAGAAAUCAAAUCAUAUAAAUGAGAUAAAUAACAAUAUAAAUCAUCAUGUUAGAAUGUGAAACUUAUUUUUGUACAAUAAAGUUUUCGACGCUA